CUUCACCCACCCGAAGACCCCCCCCCCACUCCCCCAAGAUGGGCUGCACGCUGAGCGCCGAAGACAAGGCGGCGGUGGAGAGGAGUAAAAUGAUCGACAGGAACCUGCGGGAGGAUGGCGAGAAAGCAGCCAGGGAAGUCAAGCUGCUCCUCUUGGGAGCUGGUGAGUCUGGAAAAAGCACAAUUGUCAAACAGAUGAAGAUUAUCCAUGAAGCUGGUUAUUCAGAAGAAGAAUGUAAACAGUACAAAGCUGUUGUCUACAGUAAUACAAUCCAAUCUAUUAUUGCUAUCAUUAGAGCAAUGGGGAGAUUAAAGAUAGACUUUGGGGACUCUGCCAGGGCUGAUGAUGCCAGGCAACUCUUUGUUCUAGCUGGAUCAGCGGAGGAAGGUUUUAUGACAGCAGAACUUGCUGGCGUUAUCAAGAGAUUGUGGAAAGACACUGGUGUUCAACUUUGUUUUAUCAGAUCCAGAGAAUAUCAGCUCAAUGACUCUGCAGCAUACUACUUGAAUGACUUGGACAGGAUAGCCCAAACAAGCUACAUCCCAACACAGCAAGAUGUUCUCAGGACUCGAGUGAAAACUACAGGAAUAGUGGAAACCCACUUUACGUUCAAAGAUCUCCAUUUUAAGAUGUUUGAUGUUGGAGGCCAACGCUCAGAACGGAAGAAAUGGAUUCAUUGCUUUGAGGGAGUUACAGCCAUAAUUUUUUGUGUGGCACUUAGUGAUUAUGACUUGGUCCUUGCUGAAGAUGAGGAAAUGAAUAGGAUGCACGAGAGCAUGAAAUUGUUUGACAGCAUUUGCAACAAUAAAUGGUUUACAGACACAUCUAUUAUCCUCUUCUUAAAUAAGAAGGAUCUCUUUGAAGAAAAAAUCAAAAGGAGUCCGCUCACAAUUUGUUACCCAGAAUACGCAGGAUCAAAUACAUAUGAAGAGGCAGCUGCGUAUAUCCAGUGUCAAUUUGAGGACUUGAACAAGAGAAAAGAUACGAAGGAAAUUUAUACUCAUUUCACAUGUGCCACAGAUACAAAAAAUGUGCAGUUCGUCUUUGAUGCUGUCACUGAUGUCAUCAUAAAGAAUAACCUGAAAGACUGUGGCUUAUUCUAAACAUUU